AUGUGUUGCUGCUGUCCCGCUGCAGUCAAUGCACUUUUCUGCUUGUGGGUCCAGAGUGGCUUCAGCAAAGGAACUGUUGCAGGAGCUUUGACCUUCUUUCCUCCAGAUCCCCCACUGUACAAAUUUCAACGCCGUGACAAAGAAGGAAACAACCUCCCUGACUUUGUUGACGAUGAGGACGAGGAAGAAGACAAGAAGGAUAAAAAGAGUGGCGAAAACGACGAUGCUGGUGUUGAGGAUGGAACGUUCAAGCCAAAAGAAGGAGAAGCAAAGGAGGAGAUGCAAUCACCGGCGAAACAAUUGACUGAAAAGUCCAAGGAACUGCGGAAGCGCGCAAAGAAACGUAAUGCUAGAGACAAGAAGGAUGCUGAAGAUGGUGUUGAAUACAAACUCGUUCUUGACUCGAGAUUACAACCUCCAAAGUUCAAGGGAGGAAAAAUUGAGGCCGUCAAAAUUCCAACAAAGAGUGGAUCCUAUUGUGCUGCCAUUGUAUAUAGAUGCCCAAAGAAGGUGAGAUCCGACAGAACGAAGACGCUUGUCUUUAGCCACGGAAACGCGACCGAUAUUGGAGCAAUGUUCCCGCUGCAAGCGAUCCUUUGCAAUAGCCUGAAUUGCAACGUUGUUAGCUAUGAUUAUUCGGGAUACGGCGAAAGUGGCGGUAUGCCGUUGGAGAAAAACACAUACACAGACAUUGCUGGUGUCGUGAAAUGGACGAUAGAAGAAGUGUGCGAUGGAGACGAAUCGAAGGUGAUUUUGUACGGCCAGUCGGUUGGUAGUGGGCCAUCUUGCCAUUUGGGGAUGAAGACGGAAGGGCUUGGAGGAAUGGUGUUGCACAGCCCUUUUAUGAGUGGAAUGCGAGUCCUGACACCCAGCCGCAUCUUGGGAUGUUUGGAUAUCUUUCCCAAUAUUGAUCGAAUCUCCAAAGCAAAAUGUCCAGUCAUGCUGAUUCACGGAAAAUUAGACCAAGAGGUCCCCAUUGCUCACGGAGAAGCACUUCACAACGCAGUUCCAGACCAUCUCAAACGCACUCCUUGGUGGGUCCCCGACCGUGGUCACAAUGACAUUACUGAGGGACGUGGGAAACUUGCCGAGUAUCUGGCCAAACUUAGGGAAUUUCUUGAAACGCUUGACUGA